UUUAUCUCGACAUUUCCCUAAAAAAAAACUGCUGCCCUACUGUCUCCUCCGGCCAUUGAUUUGCAUUCGUAGCUCCUCCUGCAAAUUUUGUACACGGACACGGAGGCUUGAUGCAUCCAUUUUCGCACUACCAGUCCUUCACCCUCCCUCAUCAAGCUCCAGUUCCUAGCCCUAACCCUAAUUUCUCAUCCUCUCAAAACCCUACUAGCCCUAAUUUUAACGUCUCCUUCAAUUCUCAAAAACCCCCAAUUUUGGAUCUCUCCGCCACACUCUCUUCUCUAACAUCACUCAUCUCUCAAUCUCGUCAAACCCUCGAUUCCCUCUCUACACUCCUCCCUCUCCCUCCUAAACCGGACCAUGUACCCUGCCCCUUCAACCCCCACCACCUCAUGCCGCCGGAAUCUCUCUUCCUGCACUCCCUUCGUUGCCCCUUCUCUCCUAUUCCACCUAUAACUGACGACGUUCUCGAUUCCCUCCACUACCCCAAAACCCUGAAUUCCCAUGACCGCGUCCCCUUCACUCAAGAGUUACCCGAUCCCUGUGCUGAACUCUGCUUCUCGUUGGAUGAUUAUUAUGGUAAUUUUGGUUCUAAUUUCUUUUACAAAGAUUGCCCUGCUGUUGUAAAUUCGUUAGACUUGGAUGAUUCGAAGAGAAUGUUAACGUUGCCUGGGGUCUUACUGAAAGAAUGCGCAAAUUUUGUUGUUCGCGAUGGCAGGGGAGAAGUUGAGGUCCAGUUCUCUGAGAGGUUGGAAUUUAAGGUUUUGCCGUCGGAGUUUUGGACUAUUAGGGUUGAGGUUGAAGGGUGGGGUGGCAAUUAUCCAAUUGAGUACUCAUACAGUGUUGCUUGUGCAAUUUUGGGGUCGAAAAUAGUGAAGAACAGUAAUUUGACGAAAUGGAUAAUUGCAAAUUCCCCGCGCUAUGGUGUUGUGAUUGAUGUUCAUUUGAGAGACCAUGUAUAUGUGCUAUUCAGGCUUUGCUUGAAAGCAAUUGUAAAGGAAGCUUUUAGUUUGGAAGAGUUGGUACUAAAUAGAGUAUCUGAUGAGCAGACUGUCGUGGGUGAUACAAAGAGAAGGGUAAGCUUGAAGUGUCCCAUAUUGGUUCAGGUUUUGAUGUGGUUUGCAUCCCAGCUUUCUGUUUUGUAUGGUGAAGUGAAUGGAAGGUGCUUUGCUAUCAAUAUAUUUAAGCAAUUUUUAUUAGAAGCUGCACCUCAGGUGUUGUUGAUUCCCUUGGAGGAAACAAGUACACAUUCUUCUAUAAAUAAUGAACUCUGUGUAAACACAAUUCAUGCCAAAGAUGUCAGAUUUGAAGAGCCAGUUGAAAGGCGUAUGGGGGUUGAAAUAGGUAAACUGGUGGGUAAACACGUAGAUUGUGAGGUGAUUUUUGUGUCCCAAGUGGCAGCAGCAGUUGCAGCAGUGCUUGAGCGGUCCUUGCUUGAACAGAAAAUUAAGGGUUCACAGGUUUCUCAGCAGUUUACAAGAUAUCAAAGGAUGGCUGAACAUGCUUAUGUGUCAUCAAAAGCUGAUGAGGAGCGGAAAAAACGUUCUGAUUACAGACCUAUAAUCGAUCACGAUGGCCUUCCUCGGCAGAGAUCAUCUAAUCAGGACUCGAAUAAGUUUAAGACAAAAGAAGAAUUAUUGGCUGAAGAAAGGGACUACAAACGGCGAAGAAUGUCAUAUCGUGGGAAGAAGGUGAAGAGGACAACCUUACAGGUGAUGAGAGAUAUAAUAGAGGAGUACAUGGAAGGAAUACAAGAAGCUGGUGGAAUUGGUUACUAUGAGAAGAGAACUAAAGAGAAAGGCGCUUUGCUUGGAUCACCCUCUGGUCAGCACUUUGUGUUGGAUGCUGAUGGGCAAAAAUCUAUGAAUGCUGACUCAUUGGAAGCAACUAGAGGUAUUCCAGACAAGUAUGUCGGACAAUCAUCCUCAAAUUUUAAUGGUCAUGGGAGAACUAAUCGGGGACGUCAUGGGAGCAGUGGGUCUUUAGAAGAUAAGAGAAGUACGGGUAGGAACAAGCAUCGUGGAGAGUAUGAUUCUGAAAGCCCAGAAAGAUAUCGAAGUCGUGAACGGUCCAGUCAGAGAAUCCAUGAUAGGGUGCUAGAUGAUGUGGAAGUUACUAGAACCAAGCCACAUGAGAUGAAAAGAUCAUCUGGUAAGUCCGAUGGUCAUGACUUUCUAUCAAAUUAUCAUGAUUCAAAUCACACAGAUAGGUUUACAGUCGGAAAGGAUGAUCAUAAGUUGAAAAGUAAAAGCAAGCGAGAACGGAGCAAAUAUGGACAUCAUAUUUCAGACUCUGUUGUCAGAAGUGCAUUCAGGGACAGAUAUGAUCCUUCAGAAUCUCAUGAUCAUCAUAUUUCAGACUCUGUUGUCAAAAGUGCAUUUGGAGACAGAUAUGAUCCUUCAGAAUCUCAUGAUAAGUAUUGAUAUUGUAUCGACUGGGCAAGAGUGUCAGACCCAAAAAUUCCAAAAAUGGCACUGGUUGUGAUUUAGUGGAAGGGCAUUCCUCGCAUCUAUGAGAAACCAACAGUAAUUUGACUAUUUGGGUAGGAAGUUAUCAGGCUUCAGCAAUUUUAGCUUCAUCUGUAUCCUCUUUUGUAUCCUUAACGGUUAUCUUUUCUUUGUUGUUAAGCUUUUGUUAUCUUCAUGGUGCUUAACGUUUUGUCUGCAUGCUACUCCAUUAAGAUCUCAGAAGGGCCUUAUUACUUACUCCCUCCGUCCCAUUUUGAUUUUCCUCCUUUGGAAAUCUAACGUCUUAAGGAGACAUUAUUUAAUGCAAUUCAAGUACACAAAAAAAUAUGUUAUUCCAAAUUUGCCCUUAUUUAUAGUGUUACUUUUUUUUUCUUGAAACAAGGGUAAUUAAAGUGAUAAGGAUAAGUUUGGAAUACAACAAUAAAUUUGUUAAUUAAUGAAGAAAAGUGACACUAGUUUUGGGACAUCCCAAAAUAGAAAGGACAAGCAAAAUGGGACGGAGGGAGUAUAUGUUAUCAGUUUAUAUCCGUUCACCUAUUGCAGCAACUUCAUGGUUUUUUAAGAGUGAGACUAUUUUUCCCCCAUGAACGUACGCACGUUCCUACCAGGUAAAUGCAUUUGUUUUACUUCUGUGAUUGUGUUAUGUUUGCUGUUGCUAGUUUGGAAUUACAAGAAGAGCUUGCGCACUUCUUAUAAAAAGACUCAGAACAUGAAUGGCUUUUUUCAACAUCAGGGCAACCUCUGUUUGUUUUUGUUUGUCAAUUUAAUUGAUGGUAUUACUGAUUUCUUUUUAUAGUUUUAUUAUUGCUUUGCUGGUAAGUUUCUUGUGAACAAAGUGGAUACAAAACCUAACCAUUAGUUAGGCACAAAUUCAGUGGCUAUGAUUGCUACAAGAGUUUUCAGUAGUGCCGACUCGAUUGGGGGUUCCAUGACUAUAGUCUUACUGACCAAUUAUCAUUUUCAAAAUUGUUCAGCCUGAUCUGGAAUUCUGUUGGUUUGCAUUAGUAAUGAUGUCUUCUUGGUUUUAAAUCACUUACAGUUGAACUUGCUGCUUGUAGGUUAGAAAAGUCCGGAGCAUCUGUAAAGUGAGAGUCUGCUGUCUUGUGGAGGUUUUGCCAAUAUGGAUAAUGUUGCUGAAGUGUGUGUGAUUUUUUAUUUUUUUUUGGAAGAGGGAUGUCAUGAAAACAAGAAAGGGGAUGAGUUUGGAAGGUUUCUUCCUGCAAUACCUGGAUCUACUUGCUUAAUAAUUGUGGAGAAUUCGAUAUUGUAUUGAGAAAGUGUUAGCUUAUAGGACAUAUUGGUGCCUUGUGGGGGGGCAGGUAGAACAUGUCAAGAUAUCUCUAAUGGAAAUUUUGGUGAGGAUUUCAUCUUUGA